AUGGCUACCUUCACGUACGAUAUCACCUCCCCUGGACCUGCCAACCGUUCUCCCUCACCUCGGCUGCACAUGGAGCACCUCCUGUGGGCGUACACUCCUGAUCCUCAGUCAGACGAAGUGCACCAGCACCUCCUUCCAAUGCCCAUGCCCAUGCCCGUGCCCCUCUUCUCUGCGUCCGGUGACCUCUCUAAGGAUGCAGCAAUCAAUGUUCCCCCACCGUCACUACAACUGUCGGAUUUCUCCGACGACCCCAUCGAGGAGGCUCACCCAAGCCUGAGUGAUGUUGCUGAUGACCCACCCAAUCAACGAGAGCCAACACUUCCCCUGGCCCCAGAAGAUGGCAAAGGCAACACAUCGAAGGAGCCGUUGACCUCCGAUGAUUCCAUCGAGGCUGACCCACGCCCGGGCGAGGAACAUCACAUCCAAGCCCACCGAUCAGAGCAAGUUAAACCCCUGGUGUCCGACCGUUGGGAUGCGUUGAGGGAGCUGGAUAAGCGGGAAUACAUUAUCUUGCCCCUUUCUCAAGUGAAGAUACUGAAGCUGGUCUAUGAGCGAGACGGGGAUGAGAUGUACCAGAUAGUAGGAUGGACAGAUUUACAAGAAACAUGGGGCACGCAAGAAAAGCCUUGGAAGUACUCAGGUUCUGCUGAAGACCCAAUCAUCAUUGAUGAACCAAUGAUUCCCACCAGCUUGCCUUGUGGUUCUGAUCGGUUUAUCGCCAUUCCAUCCCUUCGACGGAAUAUAGAGAGUGUUCCAGGGGGUUUUGAGGUGUAUGCCGAUAUGACAUUGGACGAUUUGCAGGAGCAUGGAGGGUUGGAACUGCUGCCAGCUUAUUACUCCUGGAAGAACAGCCGUCGUCAAACAAGGUCACGUGGAUUACGUCAGCAUUGA